UCGAGUCGCGAGCCACGCAUCGCCCCACGUCUUACCAGCCCGUCGCAAACUCGACGCUCGCGCCGUGUGCUCGUGCGCCGAGCGACAGUGCGCCGACAGUGAGUCCGAGUCCGAUCCCGCUGUCGCGGUGCCGUCGCCUGUCCGCCGACAGCAUGGAGCCGCUGACGCCACCGCAGACGCCGCCGCACAUCAUCGAGCACCGUGGUCGCUGGCAGCCCCAACAACAGCAGCACCACCAGCACGCCACCUUCUUCGAGCACUGGCUGCGCAACGCCGCGAUGAUGGCCGCGCGGGGAUGCUGCCCACCGCCCCAGGAGCAACCGCACCGAACUAUGUCCACGACGCACCACGUGGGCAUCACGCUGAGCGCCCUCGCCAUUGCGCCGCCGCCGCCCUCGGCCUUCCUCGCGCGCCGGCUGCCCGGGCAGCGACCCAAGAAGCAGUUCAUCUGCAAGUUCUGCAACAGGCAGUUCACCAAGAGCUACAACCUGCUGAUCCACGAGAGGACGCACACCGACGAGCGGCCCUACUCCUGCGACAUAUGCGGCAAAGCCUUCCGUAGGCAGGACCACCUCAGAGAUCAUCGGUACAUCCACAGCAAGGAGAAGCCGUUCAAGUGCUCCGACUGCGGCAAAGGCUUCUGCCAGAGCCGCACCCUGGCCGUGCACAGGAUCCUGCACAUGGAGGAGUCGCCGCACAAGUGUCGCGUUUGCGGGCGCAGCUUCAACCAGCGCAGCAACCUGAAGACCCACCUGCUCACCCAUGGCGAAGCGCCGCAGGACCUGCGCGUGAUCGAGCAGCAGCGCCAGCAGCAGGCCGUCGUCGCGCACGCGAGGCUGGCUCAAGUGACGACGCAGCUGGACAAGUUGGCCCAGGCGCCCGCGGCGACGCGCCGGCAACCUCCGAAGCUCGGCUUCACUAUCGACGAGAUCAUGCGUCGUUAAUCGACAGUUGGAAAGCAGCGCGCGCGCGCUCGCUCGCUUUGUACGUACAAUCCAGUGAUUCAGCCUGGCCGCUGUGAAGGGCGAGGGAACGUAUCUGCGUCCGAUAUGUCACUCUCCUUUUAGCUGUUGCUUGUUUAUCCUGUCCUAUUCACGCGUACACGUACGUUUGUAACGUCGUCAUUACCUCUCAUUAUUUAUGUACCGUAGACGCGUAAUCGAAGCCAGCCUGUAAAUAUUGUUCAUUGUCGUUUGAUCGCUCACUGUACUAUGACCACUUCUUGUAAAUGUGUGACAAAUCACUGAGUAGAAACUCGGGGAUCCGUGUGUUUAAGGAGAUGGAAGGGCCCGUUCCCUUUGCUCGCACUCUCUCUCUCUCUCGCUCUCUUAAACUUACGCCACUCGAGACGAGCGCGUGAGAGCGAGAUGAGCCUAACAGACAGACAUAAUGCCUUGCUAGAGAGAGAGAGAGUUGCCAGAGCGAGAGUACUCGCAGCGUGAAAAGUAGGGAUAAGAGAGCGAUUACGGCUGAGUAGCCCGUAAGCUCGAAUUGCACCAAUUGUCGAGGCUGUCCCGUUGAGAAAGAGAUUGUAUACGUUACCUGUCUACUUAAGAUAUAGAGACGUUUUAUAUGUAUACUUAAAGCGCACGAGGAGCGUGCGGUGCGCAGCACAAAUCACUACCCUUAGUUUAUUUAUGAAUGUAACAUAGAUAGUUGAAAGCUGUACCAAAAAAGAGAAAAAAGAGGGAGGAUGAGUUAAGGCAAUCAGGCCCAGAUUCAACGAUGUACUGAGCCUGCAGCCCUAGUCGUUUCUUGUAUUAUAAACUCGUUGUUAAUUAUCCGAACAUUAAAAACU